AUGUUCUUAGCUGCCAGCGUGGGCGACACAAACAUGUGUGAACUUCUGCUCGAUCGCGGUGUCAAAGCAGGUACUGCCAAUGACAUGGGCCACACACCACUGCACAUGGCUGCCUUGGCCGCAGGCUUAGCGGGCCGACCGAAGAAUGCACCGGUGGGCCGAUUCGG